AUGGGUAAUUUUAUUUCAAAAAAGCAUUGCAUUUUUGAAAAAAAAGUCCAAGUUAUGGAAUCCAAAAUUAGUAAAAUGGAGACCGAUAUUAAUAACUCAAAGCUUCGUCAUUAUAAUAAUUAUAAUAAAAUUAUUUUUUAUUAUUUUAUUAUUGAAUUAUAUUUAGCAGCUUUUUUAUACGAAAAGUUAGCUUCAUCCGACACUUUGUCUGAAAAGGCAAUGUGUUUUUUAUAUUCAUUAUUUGCUUCAAUGAUAAUCUACUCAUUAGCUAAAUUUUACAGAUUAUUAUUUGAAAGAUUAAUUAAAAAUAAUGAAAUAAAAUUAUUAAAAUUAUAUGAUGGUCUUGAUAAAUUAUUUGAAGCAAGGAAAAUGGAAACAGAUUACGACAAGACCAAAAAGCUUCUCGAGGACUAUGAAUUUUUUAAAAAAAAUUCCAAUAACAGAUACCAAGAAGAGUAUCAACAACAACAACCACCACAACCACCACAAACACCACAACCACCGCAACCAUCACAACCAAACCCAGGACCAAAACUAGAGGUUGAAAAUUAUCUUUAUCGUUAUCCUUUUUGUAUCACUUGGAAGAUUUAA